UUCCACCAUCCUUUCGCUCAUUCUGCUUCCAUCAUUCUCGACGAUUUACGUCACUCCAAAAUUAUUCUCUGCCUUUCCCGUUCGCAGCCAGCAGUCCCAUCACAUAAUCCCCCUCAAUUACCGCAGACAAUCUGAAUCAUGGAGUCCAUCGCAGGAUCCCUCACAGCCAAACAAAAGAAACGCCUCCACGGGGUUGCCGGCCAAAUGCUCGACAUCUACAACACCCUCGCACGCAUGCGCUAUCUCGAACCAGAAUGGAUCCAGGCCGGCCCGCACGACGUCAGCUCCCUCAUGCCGCUAUACCGAUCGCUCAAACUCGACCUGUCCAUCAUCUACCUCUACCACAUUUUACCCUACGUCAAGGCCCCGGAUUCAGAUAGAAUGGACUUCUUCAUGGGCAGCAGCUUCGCCGACUUUCGCAACGAACACCACGUGCGUGAUGGCCGCGAUCCUUUUAUCAGUGGGAACGACCCCGAGCAGAUGAUGCGACCAUGGAUGACGCCGCUGUCGAUGCUGGGCAAUCACCAAUGCGUGAUCGUUUACGAUGCCAAGAGGCAUGUUGUGGGCAUCUUCGAUCAGGAAGACGGUCGCAGCCAUGAUCCCAAUCUGCGCGAGGGCGCGGCCAACUCCGACACGCAUGAGCAGGACGAGGAGAAGGAUGAUAUAGAAGCCGAGGGUGAGAAUAUCUGGGAUGAGAUGGAUGCCCGGCCCGCUCGCAGAGUCCUAGGGGAUAUCGUCCGCUGGUAUCACGAGCUAUUCGUAACUCCAGGGGGGGGCGAAAUUGCUGGCCAGGAGUGGAAUGAGGACCUGGUGAAGCCUCUGUAUCGCAAGCACGGCUGGCCUGGCGAAGACUUCGAUGGUGACGCCUUUCUUGUCGACCAAGUACGUGCCGACGCUGCAAGAGUUGUCGAGUACCACGCCGAGGAACCGUUCCGGCAGGUUCAGAGCCUCAAGCACCGGGUAGCGGAGCUUGAAGAGAAUCGGGCGUUGGCUAUGCCGAAGUGGCAGAAGAAGCUAGCAGAAGCGAAAUCUCUUGACGAGGAGUGGCUUGUGCGUUGGGAGAUGUGGAUUGAUGAACUGGACACUCGAGGAAUGCGAACAAGUCUCAAACGGGCUGAAGAGCUAUUCGCAGCCGGCGAGGCCCAAAGACACGAAAACCUGCCACAGUGGGAACUGAGGGAAGUUCAAGUCAGGCUUAGUAUGGCAAAGCGACAGCUUGAAGCCCUCAAGCAGGGGCCAUCUGGUAGUGCGCAAGACCAGGAAGCCAUCCGCCACGCCGAGAAGAAAACCGCAAUUCAUGAGAGGGCGUACUUGGCCAGUCUCGCUGACGCUGAGCGUCUGUGUCCUGGCAGGCCCUUUACCCUCGAAGUUGGGCAAGCGGAAACCGGUGGACAGGAUUACAGCGCAAGGAUUGAACGCCUGAGCACGGUCAUCAAUGGUUCGGAACAAGCGAUAGAAGACAUUCGGGGAUGGAUGGCGCAGCUUCCUCACGGCGCUGAUGGAGUAAGAAACGUCGCCCAGGCACGUCUGGAUUACCAGGAGAACUGUCUCAACCGUUUGAAAGGGCAUCAGCGACGUUACACUGAAGCGAUGAAGGGGUUUGCUAAACAGAGCACAAGUUGA